UGUUGUUUUUCUGCCAGUUCGAUCGUGAGUUUUGGAGUGAUAAGUUCGGACAAAAGAUGUCGAAUAAUGCGAUUCUGUUAAGUGGAGCGGCAAUGGCAACGGCUGGCUUGCUUUAUUUGUUUCGCGAAAAAUCGUGGCCCCCACAUUCUAGGCAUAGCGUGUUUGGGCAUGAAAUUCAUAUCGUAAAAUGUCCAAAGCAAUGCGAAUGGAUUCUGAACAAAAUGAUGAAGGGAAAUUCAAGAUGCUUUGGAUUUUAUUGCGAGUGUAAACAAGGCAAACCUGAUAUGUUAAUACUGGCUGAUCCACAUGGAAUCUGUGUCAUCAUUCGGCUUCAAGAGAUGCGCUGCAUCCCAAAUGCACUCUAUGUGAUGCUUUUGGGUGGAGAAUUCAUAAAAGCUGGCGUUGACGUUGUUGAAAAGAAGAAUCUGCUCCACGUUCUGCUUCACAAAGAUGAUUUUUUACAAAUUAGGAGUGUACUCGAUAUUCGUUACUUAUACAACACGAGGCCCGAUAAUUUGUGCAAUAUUGCAGCAAGUAAAUUGGGAAUUAAUCAAAGCAACUGUUUGAUACCACCCAUGAACAGACUAACUGAUACAAUUAGUGAGUAUGGCGCCAGCGAGGCGAUUGUAUGCGCUAAACUUCUUGCCCGGUACUACGAAUCAAAGCAAAAGCUAGGCCCAAUUCAAACUUACUUAGACAAGGACUAUUAUUCUCCAAGUUGUACUGAACAAGGCUACGACAUUCACUAUGUGGGCAAUACGGCGCAUUGUAAGUGGAUUGUGUCAAAACUUCAAGAGGAAAUUAGGGAAGAAACUAAUCAAACAAAAUGUAUCGGAUUCCAAUGUACUUGGUAUGAAGAUGAAAUGGGAAGGAGGCCAGUAGAAUUACUACAAAUUGCUGGUCCCAAGAAGAUUUGCGCAAUAAUAAGGCUUGGCUGGUUGGAUUUCAUUCCAAUGGAGUUACGUAAUUUGCUGAGUAAUCAAUUAAUAUGCAAAGCUGGAAUUUCUUCCAUCGGUCCAUCGCUGCCCGUCCUAAGCAAAAUUGACUUAAGACAUCUGUUUCCAAGGAAACCGAACGGAAUAGUGGCGUUAUGCCAGAAACAACUAGAGAAAAUCAGGCUUACAAACUGGAAACAUGGGACAGAAAUACUCAAUCCUGUAUUUGCGACACAAUUCCAGCUUAAAUGUGCAGGUCUUGAAGCGAUUGCUGCGGUUAAGUUGUUCUAUCAAUUUGUUGAUAAAAUGACAUUACCUCUACGAUUGGCAGAUGCAUUGGGCGAUUACAACUUUGAAUUAAGUGUCAAGGCUGCUUAUGUUAAUCAUAUACCUACCUACCUGGACAAGGAGUACGUUGAAAGCAUGUCGCCGCAUACCCAACAUACACUAUUUAACAACGAUAUUCACGUGGUUUCAAGCCCUGAGCACUGCCGUUGGGUGAUAUCGAAAUUGCGAGAAGAAAUGAUUUGCUAUCGAAAUAAUAUCGGGUUUGACUUUCAUCACGGUAUAUUACAGCUGGCUACUCCCCAUGGAAUAUGCGCACUGAUUCGACUCAAUUACAUAAACGAUAUUCCGUGGGAACUUCGAGAAUUCCUCAAGGAUGAGAACAUCUUCAAAUGGACUUUUGAUGGACAACGGAAGACAAGGGAUCUGUUUGAAUCUUAUUUUCUGCAAAUAAAUAGUGUUGCUGACGAGGUUGCUGGUCCAACAAGAAAAGCAUUGAUCGCUGUGGCCAAAGUACAUUUAAAUUUCGAUUUGGGUAGGGUAGUUCGUAUCCAAAAUGGAAUAGAGCUUACCGACGAAGAAAUUCAAUACUGCGCUGGAAAUGUUAUCGCAUAUGCCAAGCUGAGAAACAGAUCAAAUGUUCGUAAAUCUACAAACUACACAAACCAAGACGUCACUCACAUGGUAUUCGGCCAUAACAUCUACGUCGUGAAUACCACUGAACGUUGUCGAAUCGUAGCGAAAAAAUUACGAGAAGUUACCAAAGACUUUCCCUUCCUUGGGUUUGACUGCGAGUGGCUACCAUGGAAUCCUCGAGGUCCAAUUACAUUGCUUCAACUUGCUGGAGGCAAAGGUAGUCAAAGACUUUGCGUACUCGUACGACUAUGCUACGGUUUUGAAAUUCCACAAGAAUUGCUUGACCUACUAAACGAUCCUAAGAUUAUCAAGGCUGGAGUUGAAUCUAUUAGAGAUGCGCAAUUUCUUGACCAGGAUUACGGCUUUACUGUGCAAGGAGCAAUCGAUUUGCGUUUCCUGUACCCUCAAACACACCAGCAGCAACCAAUUGGGUUAGCGGCGUUGGCCGAAAAAGAACUGCACGUGUACCUCAACAAAGAUAAGGCUCUAACGUUGUCCGGAUUUAAUCAACCCAUUCUCAGCUAUGAGCAGAUACAGUAUGCCGCCGGAGACGCGAUUGUGGGCGCAAAUUUGUUCGACAAAUUCUGGCAAAAAUGCAACAAAUCCAUGGAUCAAAUUCAACCGUUUCUUGACAUACCGUAUGUCGUUAAAAAAUGCACACCACCAGCCACGCUGGUUCAAAAUAACGGCGGCGGGCAGAACUCGCAAUUCACAGGUCACCGCACGUUCGAAUCUUUAGUUCCUCCCACGGGGGUCUUCCAAAACUCUGUCACUCAGGGAAAUGUACAACAGCCGCCAAAACCCCGGUCUAAAAAACGUUCGCGAAACAAGAAAAAGUGAUAUUUUGGCAUGGUUUUUACGGCAAACUCUGAAACGGUGGAAAAUUUGAGCUUCAAAAUCUGGAAAUUUUGCAAUUUUAUGAUAAAAUUUCGAAAUUGUUUAAAUAAAUCAAAAAAAGUACAAAAACUUA